AUUCUUCCACUGGGCAGGCAGCAUGUAUCUAUCUCUCCCAUGAGGUUUGGGACAUCAUCACCUUUUCACAGACUAAAAUAAAGUUGGAGUCCUCUGGUGGACAAUACAAGCAUGGGCUUCUGUUUACUGGAGUCUCUAACAAGUGUUUAGCUGUCCGUUUAGAACCACACAUAGUCAGUGUUUUGAGAGCGGAACAGUGAAAAGGUGAUAGCACAACAAGCCUGGAGAUAGUAGUUGCUGCACAGACAGAAUGAGUCUAAGAUCAGGAAGUCAGUAUAAUGCUGAAGAUCAGCUACCCGGGACACAUCAAGGCAGGGAGAGUGCGCCAAGUGUCCAGCAGGAUGAUGUACGCUCACGCUCAUCUAGAUCAGCAAGGUCCAGUCAGAUUUCAUCAGCAAGUGCCCUUUUUGCCAGGGCUCGCGCCAAAGCAGAGGCUGCUCGCGUUCAGCUAGAAUUUGCUGAGAAAGAGGCUGCCAUUAUGAAGGAAAGAUCAGAGAAAGAGGCUGCCAUUAUGAAGGAAAGAUCAGAGAAAGAGGCUGCCAUUAUAAAAGAAAAAACUGAACAGGAAGCAAAGUUGCAUAUUCUUCAACGUCAGUGUGCAGCCGCUGCUGCAGCAGCAGAAGCAGCAGCUUAUGCGGAUAUUGAGCGGUCUGGAAUGGAAUCUAUCCACGAAGGCCCAGAUGUGCCCGAGAAACCGCUUUCCUCUGCAGAACGCACUAGGGCGUAUGUCCAAGAUAUUUCAAGUGGCAGCUCAACAAUACCGUUUCUCAAUCCAAAGUCAGCUGAAUUUAAACCAAAACCAUCAGAACUCCUGAGCGCACGAAAACAAACCCAUGAGGCUGGCAGUACCAGAGUGAUAAAAGAAGAAUCCUCACCGCAGCAACCCAAACACCAGAGCAUGCGAGACGUCACUAAAUAUCUUAUCCGUAAAGAAAUGGUUAAUACAGGCUUCCUCAAGUUUGAUGACUGCCCAGAAAAUUACUGGGCAUGGAAGGCUUCUUUUCUGAAUGCAGUCAAAGACUUGGACUUAACAGCAGCUGAGACGCUAGACCUGAUGGUAAAGUGGCUUGGGUCUGAGUCUGCAGAGCAUGCAAGAAGGAUGCGCAGGAUACACCUAUUUAACCCUUCAGUAGGACUCGAUAUGGCCUGGCAAAGGCUAGAAGAAAGAUAUGGAUCACCAGAGGCAAUUGAAGGUGCUCUGAUGAAAAGACUGGAGUCUUUCCCUAAGCUAAACAGCAAAGACAAUUUAAAACUGCAAGAGCUGGGUGAUAUUCUUUGGGAAGUCCAGUGUGCCAAAGAAGAAGGUUAUUUAAGGGGACUUGCACAUUUAGAUACUGCCAACGGUACUAAGCCUAUAGUGGAGAAACUACCUCACCACCUGCAAGAGAAAUGGGUGAGUGUUGGAGCUAAAUACAAAGAAGAACAUGGUGUCCCCUUCCCCCCUUUCUUUGUGUUUUCUAGGUUUGUACAGCAGCAAGCUAAGAUGAGGUGCGAUCCCAGUUUUUCCUUCAUCACCAGCAGCCAACUGCCUAAGGCAGAAAAGCCACCUAGAUCCUACAAUAGGACUUCAGUGAUCACCCACAAGACAACAGUUCCCUCUGAGGACCCAGGAGAUUCAAGCAGCUACAAGGUAAACACCUUUGAAGGCCCUGACAGACUUUGCCCACUUCAUAAAAAGCCCCAUCCUCUAAACAAGUGCAAAGGGUUCAAAAGUAAACCUAUCAAGGAAAGGUUAGCCUUUCUUAGACAAAACGGCAUAUGCUUCAAGUGUUGUGAAUCCACCAAACAUAUAGCUAAAGACUGCAAAAUACAAGCAAAUUGCUCAGAAUGUGGCAGUGACAGACACAUCUCAGCUCUGCACCCCAAUACUUUGCAUCAACCAUUAGAGGUCACUGAAACCCCAAAAGAUGAGGGCAGGGAGCAAAAAGAUAAAUCAGCUAUCCCAGUAAUGUCCAAAUGCACUGAAAUCUGUGGUGACAGUACAAAUCCACGCUCAUGUUCCAAGAUCUGCCUAGCAACAGUGUACCCCACAGGGAAAAGAGAAAAGGCAGUAAAGAUGUAUGUGGUUCUGGAUGAACAAAGUAACAGGUCGCUGGCAAGGUCAGACUUUUUUGAUGCCUUCAACAUUACAUCAAGGGCAGUUCCAUACACCCUAAAGACAUGUGCAGGAGUGAUAGAAACUUCAGGGAGAAGAGCUACUGACUUUACUAUUGAGUCUCUUGACAAAAGGAUCCAUCUCUCACUUCCCACUUUGAUAGAGUGUGAUAUGAUACCAGAUGAUAAAUCAGAGAUCCCUACACCAGAAGUGGCCCUUCAUCAUCCUCAUCUUAAUGCAAUAUCUCACCUUAUUCCAGCUGUCCAGACAGACGUCUCUAUUCUUCUACUUCUUGGAAGAGACAUUCUACAGGUGCAUAAGGUACGCCAACAAAUUAAUGGACCAUUUAAUGCCCCCUAUGCGCAAAGACUUGACUUGGGGUGGGUUAUAGUAGGAGAAGUUUGUUUGGGAGCAGCUCAUCGGCCUGACAGUGUCAACACUUCUAAGACAUCUGUGUUAACAAAUGGACGCACGUCCCUUCUCAGUCCAUGCCAAAACAGCUUUGUUGUUAAAGAAACCCUAAAACCAUACUGUGGCUCUCCUUCCAGUUAUGAUAGGAAUAUUAGUAGUGGUCUGAAGACCGACAAUUUAGGGAACUCAGUGUUCCAGAAGACAAAAGAUGAUGACAAACAAGCAAUGUCCAUAGAUGAUCAAACCUUUCUCCACAUCAUGGAUAAAGAGACUUUCCAAGAUAAGAACAACAAUUGGGUAGCCCCUUUACCUUUUCGCAAACCAAGGUGUUAUUUACCUAGUAACAGAGAGCAAGCCAUGAAGCGCUUAAACACACUACGCAAAACUUUGCAAAGAAAGCCCGAAGUGAAAAAAGACUUUACAGAAUUUAUCAAAAGGAUGCUGGACAAUAAUCAUGCUGAAUUAGCACCAUCACUGGAUAAAGUGAGAGAGGACCAUCGAGACUACCUGCGUUUCCUGUGGUACAAGGAUAACGACAUAGAUAAAGAGGUAACAGAGUACAGAAUGAGAGUACAUGUUUUUGGUAAUAGCCCUUCCCCCGCUGUUGCCAUAUAUUGUAUGCGGAAAGCUGCCCAGAAAGGUGCAGAACGUUAUGGUCAAGAUGCCAAGCACUUUGUGAUGAGACAUUUCUAUGUAGAUGACGGACUUGCUUCAGCGAACACACCUGAAGGAGCAGUUAACAUUCUCAACAAAGCAAAACAAAUGCUGGCAGAGUCUAAUCUGCGACUACAUAAGAUUGCCUCUAACAGCAAACAAGUCAUGGAAGCUUUCACCGCAGAAGACAGAGCUAAAGACCUCAAAGACCUUUGCCUGGGAACAGACACCCUUCCAUUGCAGAAAAGUCUAGGCCUAAGCUGGGAUCUAGAUAAAGACUGUUUUGUGUUUCAGGUUUCUUCAGCAGAAAAGCCAUUCACAAGAAGAGGGAUCCUAUCCACUGUUAACAGUCUCUACGACCCUCUCGGGUUUGUGGCACCAGUCACCAUAAAAGGUAAGGCCUUAGUUCGUGAACUAUCAAGUGGAGAAAGUGAGUGGGAUGCCUUACUUCCACAAGAAAGACUCCAUGAGUGGGUCCAAUGGACAGAGUCUUUACAAGCCUUACAAUGUUUACAAAUAUCCAGGUGUUAUGUACCUCUUUCAUUGUCACAGGCCUGCAAAAAAGAACUGUACAUUUUUUCAGAUGCAUCUGUUAUAGCAAUAGGUGCCGUUGCUUACUUGAAGGUAAGCGAUGUAGGAAAUGUCUGCCAUGUUGGAUUUGUUAUGGGAAAAUCCAAGCUAAGUCCUAGGCCAGCACACACAAUCCCACGUCUAGAGUUAUGUGCAGCUGUACUAGCGGUUGAACUGUAUGAGCUAGUGAGAGACGAGAUAGACCUAGACCUAGAUGCUGUGAAAUUCUUUACAGACAGUAAAACAGUCCUAGGCUAUAUCUGCAACACUACAAAGAGAUUCUUUUUAUAUGUUUCUAAUCGGGUGAACAGGAUCAGACAAACAACACGUCCAGAGCAAUGGUUCUAUGUGCCCUCAGAACAAAAUCCUGCAGAUUAUGCUACCAGGCCUACACAGAUAGCUUGCCUUCAGAACUCUAUAUGGUUUUCAGGGCCAACUUUUCUGUAUCAGACGGCUGUAGAUAGUCCUGACACCAAUGUUUACCCUUUAGUGGAGCCCGAAGCUGAUCCUGAAAUUAGGUCAGAAGUAGUAAGCUUCAGUACUAAAGCCCUUGACGCUAGACUGCAGCCACAUCGUUUUGUAAGAUUUUCGGACUGGAAGAGACUGAACAGGGUUAUAGCGAAGUUAAUCCAUGUUACCAAAAGCUUCCAAAAGAAACCUAAUGAUGAUCAACCUGGAAGUUGGAGAGUUUUCCAUGAAAGGGUUAGUUUAGAAGAACUUUCACUAGCCAAGAGAGUUAUAAUUUCUUCUGUACAGCGCACAUGUUUCAGGCAAGAAUAUGACUGUAUUGAACAGCAAAAGAUGCUUCCUAAACAUAGCCGUCUUACAAAACUAAGUCCCUUUAUAGAUCAAUAUGGAUUAUUGAGAGUAGGUGGCCGUUUAUCUUAUGCCACGCUGUCAGAUGAAGAGAAACAGCCUGUCAUCAUUCCUCACGAUCACUACAUUGCUACCUUGAUCAUAAGAUAUUAUCACAGUCAAACAGUACACCAAGGGCGACACAUUACUGAAGGUGCAAUCAGAGCUGCAGGAUUCUGGAUUCUUGGUGGAAAACGUCUAGUGUCUGCAAUCAUUCACAAAUGUGUCGUAUGCCGUAAGCUCAGAGGGAGAUUUGAAAGCCAAAAGAUGGCAGAAUUACCAAAAGAUAGAGUCAAUCCUGAACCUCCAUUCACUAGUGUGGGUGUUGAUGUGUUUGGUCCCUGGGAAGUUGUAACACGCCGAACUAGAGGAGGCAGCGCUGACAGCAAACGCUGGGCUGUUCUUUUCACGUGUCUUUCUAUAAGAGCAGUGCAUAUAGAAUUGAUUGAGUCCAUGUCAGCAUCCAGUUUCAUCAAUGCUCUGAGAAGAUUCUUUUCUGUGCGUGGUCCGGCUAAGUUGAUUCGCUCAGAUAGAGGUACAAACUUUGUAGGAGCAUGCAAGGAGCUGCAUAUAUGCUCAAAUGAUGCAGAACUUCUAGAUUAUCUCCAAGACAAAGGAUGUACAUGGCUCUUUAACACUCCACACUCAUCUCACAUGGGAGGUGCUUGGGAGAGAUUAAUUGGUGUGGCUAGACGAAUUUUAGAUGCAAUGUUGCUCCAAUCCAAACCCACUCACCUGACUCAUGAGACUUUGAGUACUUUCAUGGCAGAAGUUAUGGCCAUCAUUAAUUCAAGACCUUUGGUACCAAUAUCUACAGAUCCAGAUAACCCAACAGUUCUUACCCCUGCUAUGCUCAUGACCCAAAAGGUAGACUCUUUAUCAGCCCCCUGUGGAGACUUUAGUACAACAGAACUUCAUGCAAAGCAAUGGAAACAAGUCCAAUGUCUGGCUGAUACAUUUUGGAAGAGAUGGAAGAGAGAUUACCUAUUUACCUUACAGAGUCGCAAGAAAUGGGCAGAGACUGGUCCCAAUAUCAAGGUGGGAAAUGUUGUGUUAUUGAAAGAUAUUCAAGAAAGCAGAAAUAACUGGCCUAUGGGAAUUGUCACAAAUACGUUGCCAAGUAAAGAUGGUAAUGUCAGAAAGGUUGAAGUAAAAGUCACGAAACAAGGGACUGUUAAAGUGUACGCCAGACCAGUUUCUGAUGUCAUUGUUCUCCUUUGAGUAUUUCUAUUCUGUUAUUGGCUCAAUACAUAACUAAGAGCUUGUCACUGAGAGUUUUCAAAUGUGACAUUUGCCACGAGCUGAAUUCCAUUCUGUGGAUUACAAAUGGGGUAGGAGAUAGUUUGGCCUAGUGCGGCUUCUCCUAUCUGAAGAUGGGUUUAUGGACAGAACUAUUUCUUCAUGUGGAUUACCAGCUUGAAGUGCCACAGCCAAGAGACACUGAUAUUGUGGACUUAUGUUAUAGUUUGUUACUAGUUCUGGUCAGGAACACAAUAUCUUAUUAAUAUGUUUUUCCCUGUACAUCAGAUAUGU